UAUAUUUUAGUUACCCAAACUGAUUCAGAUCCGGUUUGAACAUACCUAAAACGAACCAAAAAUUCCAGUCACAUGUUUGGGUCUAAAUAUUUUUAACUUCAGUGAUCCCCGGGAUCUAACCCAAUGCUCAAGCCUAUCAUAUACGUUUUCUCCAUCCAUGAAAAAAUUAAGUGAUAAAGUUCUAUUUCAAUGCUCUCUAAAUCUUCACUAAACUUUGGUUUUACUUAGUCUUGGAUAUUUAGGUUCAGACUGGUUCGAGUUUUAAAUUUGGAUUGAACAAAAUAAUUGAACAUUUUGUUUUGGGCUGGAGUUAAUUUCUUUCGGAUCUAGGUGAGUUUGAGUUUAAACCAAUUCAGAUCUAUAAUUAAAAUACUUGUAAAAUAUCUAUAAUUUUUGGGUGUAUAAACGGAUCCGGAUUUUUAAAGUAUUUAAAACUUUAAAAAAAUCUGAACCUUAUCAAAAUUAGCUGAAAUAUGUCGUAUUUAUCUAAAAUUUAUAAAGAAUUUUAAAUUCAACAUUUGAAAUUUCAUAUAAUUUGAAAUGUUAGAAAAAUAAUAAUGAAAACUACAAACAAAAUAACACCUAAACCAUAAAUUAAAAGAUGGGAAAACAAAACACAUAAAAGCAUAUUCUUAGAUAUUCAUGUAUUAGAUCAGAUCUAUAUAUAAAAAAAUUGGGUCAUAUUUAUUAGGGGUUUUUUUUGGCUCGGGUUUCUUCGGAUCGGUUCCAACUCCUUCGAGUAGACAAAUUUUGAACCUAACUAGAUACUUGUAGACAAAGUUUGAAUUUUUAGAUCAAGGUAAAAUGUCAUAGAUAAAUAUAUGAAACUAUUAUAGAAAAACGCGGGACCCUUUUUAUUAUGCAUGAUAAACAGUGAGGCCCAAAGUUAUAAUUAGCUUUGGAAACAGAAAAGCGUUAUCGGGAAGUUAAUGAUUUGGAGAUGGAAAACUUGGAGUGCAAGGUCAAAUGUUUUGUAUUAAUACUAACUUACCAUUCCAUAAGAAUAUUCUUGUCAUGUCUCUUCUUCUCAGCCGACUGUCGAGGCUCUGUCCUGGGAAACCUUCCUUGGUGGGAAGAUCCUCUUACUCUCUUCUCUUCUCAAAUGGCUUCUCAUCUUCCUUGCUUCAAACCGCUCCUGGCUUUGUCGUCCGCGCUAAUCCUUGUGGAGAGGGUCUCGGAAAACUUUUGUUUCAGAAGAAUACUGAGAGUUGGUUCACUCAUUUGGAAAAGAAGGUGCCUCUAGAGUUGGUGGAUAGAGAUGAAUUGGGAACGGUCGGGUCUUGCAAUGGCUGGGUCGCUACUUUGAAGGACGACGGCAUCUUACGUCUCCAAGAUGAUCUAAACCCGGCUGCCUCGCAUACACACCCGAAACACAUUCCUCUGCCUCCUCUUGUGACACUACCUCAUUGCCAAACCCAAAUCAUCACCAACGUGUCGAUGUCCUCAUCUUCUCCAGAGGAUGAAGACUGUGUAGUGGCUGUCAAGUUCUUGGGGCCUCAACUCAGCUUCUGCAGACCGGCUCAGAGUAAACCGGAGUGGACCAACGUCAAGAUUGAAGACCCAUAUUUCUUCUCCUCACGUGUCAUGUUUUCCAAGAAAGAUGACAUGUUUCGCAUUCCGGGGUCUGGAGGCAACCUCAUCGGCUCAUGGAAUCCCAACAAACACAAGAACAAUCCCAAGAUUCAGAGGCUGCAGUAUCAAAAUCUUCCCAAGCUCACAAAGAUCAAACGGGAGCUUCUGGAUUUGUGUUGGACGAGCGAACACUUGGUAGAGUCAAGAACCACCGGCGAGACUUUCUUGGUUAAGUGGUUCAGAAAGACCAGCAGGCGACUUGCCCUAAUGAAAACGAAAGCGUUGAUGGUGUUUAAAAUAGACGAAGAAGGAAACGCUGUCUACACUCAAGACAUUGGAGAUCUCGUCAUUUAUAUCUCAAAGUCUGAACCGUUCUGUAUUCCUGCUAGCUCCUUCCCUGGCCUGGAUCGAAACAGCGUUCAAAUAGUUGAUGUCGACGAAUAUGGCGCUAUCCGUCUGCAUGAUUCCUCCAUCUUUUCUCAUAAUAUUAGAUUCGGCGCCCCCUACUUUAUUCCUCCUCAAAAUAUAGACCAAGUUUAGAGUCUUCUCUUCUCUUAAUAAUUUAUGCCCAUUCAAGUAAACAUGCUACUCUGUGAGAUCUUUGGCAAGCAUUUUAUAUGAUCUAAACUUAUUUUUCACUUCUUAUGUUCUUAGUAUUUCUUGUAAAUUUAACUGGAAAUCUCAACUUAAGUUUUUUGGCUAGGUAUAUCAUUUGCUUCAUUAAGUUCGGCAUAAACACAAAUCUUAUAAUUUUUGGUAAGUUAGAUUAGAGACUUUAAGAAGUUACUCUGUAGUUUACAAUGUUUUAAAUGAUCAUGUUUUUAAAAAAAAAAUGGUGUUUACUACAACCACCUCUUCUUUCUUGUACUAUGUUUGGUCUCGUAUGCGAUGAUC